UUUUUCUGUUAUCAAAAAAAAUAAAAAAUUGUAUAAAAAAUUUCAAUCAAGAAAAGAAUUGUGGUAAAAAAUGUAUUUUUGAAAUUUAAAAAUGUUAAAAUGAUUAGUAUUAUUGAAUAAUCCAUCAUCUUGUCAUGAGUGUCUCAACCGAACUUCCAUCUCGAUCUUCUUCGCCGUCGCGAUGGCCUCAUGAUAAGUAUAGAGAAAACAGAAACAGGAAAGAAUACAGAGAAAUUAGAGAAAAAAGAAGUUUCAACUUCAGUUCUGAUUCUAAAGAAGAUAGAUUUCACGAAAGACGUAAACAAAGAGAGAAAAUUUCGCUAAAUGGAGUUCCUUUCGUUUGGGGUCUUUCCCCUACCCAUGUCGAAGAUGACAAUGAUGAUAAUGAAUGGUCCAUAAGCAGCCCUAAAAAAAGAAAAACCGAUAGUUCCUCUCAUCAUAAGAAGAAAAAGAAGAAGAAAGAUAGCAAAAAAUAUAAGGAAUCUAAAAAGCAUAAAUCAAAGAAAAAGAAGCAUAAGAAAGAGAAAAAACGCAAACGAAGUGAAAGCAGUAGCAGUAGCAGCUCUGAUAAUAGUUCCGAAGAAGUCUGGGUUGAAAAAACAAAUGCGACAGAUACUGUAGAAACCGAAGUUGUUGGACCUGUACAAAAACCACAAGUUACUCUUACUCCUAGAGAGUAUGGUAAAGCUUUAUUACCUGGUGAAGGAGCUGCGAUGGCUGCCUAUGUUGCAGAAGGUAAACGUAUUCCUAGAAGAGGAGAAAUUGGACUUACAUCGAACGAAAUUGCAUCCUUCGAAUCUGUUGGAUACGUGAUGAGUGGUAGUAGACAUCGUCGUAUGGAAGCUGUCCGUUUACGUAAAGAGAACCAGAUUUAUUCUGCCGAUGAAAAACGUGCUUUAGCUAUGUUCAGUAAAGAAGAAAGAACGAAACGAGAAAAUCGUAUUUUAACUCAAUUCCGUGGUAUGAUCGAUACUAAAUUGUCGAAAAAUAAGUAAUUUUAAUUUAUACAUUUGUAGAUACUUAUAUUAGCUAUUUUUAUAAUUUUAAAGAAAAAAAAUGUAUUAUUAUCAUUAUCAA